AUGGCCGAGGACGUACGCGACCUUGUCGACCUCGCGCGGCGCCAGUGCUGGCGCUCGACCUCGGCCCCCGACCCCGCUAAGGACACGCACCGCUCCGAGGUCCUGAAGCUGAUCCGUGAGAUCAAGAUGGAGAUCGUCCCCGACCGCGCGUGCUUCACCGCGAUCUUCGAGCCUGAGAUACAGAAAGAGGGAGCCGGCCGUGCGCGUUCACAGCAAGCACCCCAGGACCCUCUCCUCGUCGACCGGAUAGUAGCGGACGCCGCGGUGCGAUCGUACCGCACUAAACACCGCAAGACCGCCGUCACCUUCGGCUUCUCGCUCCCGCCGACCCUUUCCGGCGUUUCAGCAGAGGCAGCGCGGUACCGAGCCGGCAGUUUAAGGCGAUAUGGGGCGACGAUCGGGGAGUUUUCCGUACCGCCGGGGAUCGUCGCUCACCCGCACGUCAAGCGGCUACUCGUCGUGUCCCAAAACCUGGGCAAUCUCUCUUCUUUGUACAGCAGCCAUGCAAACGUAGCCGGGUUCGAGAUCGUCUCUCCGGUGCUAGGCCUUCUAUUCUACAACGCAGCGGUAGCUCCUCGCAAUUCGUCAGCUAAAAUUAUUCGAAUUCUGGUUGCCGAGAAUCCCGUUAGAGUGAACUUCUCCGCGAACACAAUGGCGAGAAGAUCAUUUUGCGCGGGGUUUGAAUUGGACGGAAAUGUUAGGAUAACCGACCGAACAGCAAGCGGAGUUUGCGAAGACACGGGGGCAGGGGCAUUUGCGGUUGUGUGUUGA